AUGUCGACUACCAUGUUACGCCAGGCAUGCCUUGGAGGACAGAGAGCUGCUCCCACCGCCUCUUUUAUGUUGGCGCGUACUGUCAGCACAAGCUCCAAGAAGCCUCCAAGAGUUGAGUUGGCGCUUCAAUCCGAAAAUCGGAAGCCAUCGUCAAUCGCCGAGUACGCAGUAGCCAGCCUCGACGUUGUCGCAAAUUGGGCCAGACAGGGCUCCCUCUGGCCCAUGACAUUCGGCCUAGCCUGCUGCGCAGUCGAGAUGAUGCAGAUCGCCGGCCCACGAUACGACCAGGACCGCUUCGGCUUCAUGUUCCGGGCAUCUCCGCGUCACGCCGACGUUAUGAUAGUAGCCGGGACGGUGACCAACAAGAUGGCGCCGGCCCUGCGGCAGGUGUACGACCAGAUGGCUGACCCUCGGUGGGUUAUCAGCAUGGGCAGCUGUGCCAACGGGGGCGGGUAUUAUCAUUACAGCUAUUCUGUUGUUCGGGGGGUUGAUAGGAUUGUCCCUGUUGAUGUUUACGUGCCUGGAUGUCCUCCAACUUGCGAGGCCUUGAUAUAUGGAAUGUUUCAACUGCAGAGGAAGAUUCGCCGGACCAAGACGUCUAGGAUGUGGUAUCGGAAGUAG